CCUGACCCUCUGUCUGGACAGUGCUGAUUGGCCCUGUGCUGAUCACAUGUACCCUCCCAAGGAAAAAAAAAAAAAAACUCUCUAGCAAUACACACCAAACUGAGCAUGUGCAGAGGUGUUUCCACACGGUAUGUCUUAUCAGGAGAUAAGAGCUGGACCCUGGAAGAAGGGGAGGAACAGAGAAGUCAGGAUGAAACAUCCUUUUUACACAAUGCAGAGGAUUAACCCUUUAGGUUCCAAAAUAGUUAAAAAAAAAAUAAAUUUUAAUUUAGCUAUAGAGUGAAUGCAGGGUCCUGGGUUUAGUAACACUU